CCUAGCACUAUUAACAAGUCAACAAACGUUAUAAAAAUAUUGAAUUAUUCACUCGCUGUUCUCUCGACUAUUGUACAUUCACCAAAAUCUUCAGGAAGGACUGAAAAUGCCAAAAAGGUACCGAAAGAGUUAAUUUCUUCAUGAUUAAUUUUUCUUUUUUUUUUUUUUGCGAACCACUGUUACAAAAUAUUACCAUAAAAUUAUCUCAUAUUAGAUUUUCUUUCUAGCCACAUGCUAGGUUAAUUCAAUGCUAUUUUCCCAACAGGAAUCUCGGUGAGACUAAUAUGAUUAACUUAUUUAAAUUAGAUAUUCACAACAUUGCUGUGAAAUUAUUUAAAGCACAGCCGACGCCAACAAUAUAUGGCAAGAAUAUAAUCAGACUCAAACUGUUAGAAAGCAGGUGAUAUGCAUUACACUUUAAAAGAGGUGUAGUCACUAAAUAGUGACUUGUGGUGACGAGUAUUUUUCUUUAGUUCUGUUAUUUUACUUUAAGUUUAAAAUUCUGUUGUCAUUACAGUAUUUAAGAUUGUGAGAUUAGAGAUUUAAUUUUAAGGAAAAUUUAUUUUUUGUAGAUUGACAAGAGGUCCAAUUUCAAGAACAAUGAUUAUAGAUAAUGUAUAUCACAAGCACAAUGCCCUCUAGGCCAGUGGAUCCCAGUCCAGAACUCAAGACACAAAUAUUGCUCUCAGUUUUGUCAGUGUUCCCAUUAGAGCAAAAAUGGGAAAUGUGUGAAUCCUGGUCUGCUGGUAAGCCUUGAGGAUUCACUUGGCAAUCAUUGCUCUAGGCGGCAUUACUAUUUUGACAUUUAUUCACUAAGCAGCAACCUGUGGGGAAAUUAAUACUGAAUUUUAAAUGCAUAGAAAAAAAUGAAUCCAAGAGCAGUCUACAAAAGAAACGUUGCCAUUUCCAUCACCAAUAUUUAUUUAAAGGAACAAUGCAUGCACCAUAAAAGCUUCAGUUGAUUGAAGUGGUUAUGGUGCCUGGAGUCAAACAUCAAUGCAACUCACUUCAACUAAAUGAUUAGUAGAGAUGUUGGUCUCCUGCAGCCUGCAGCCCAGCCUUCAAUGAAGACCUGGCAGAUAAGCACUUCUUCAGAUAAUAUGUCCCUAAUCCUUGGCAUAAAUUGGCAUAGUGCGAGGCAGAGCAGCUUGGCCUCAACAAUAUUGUCUUUGGAGCCUUGGCAUCAUGCUGUUUGGAACACAGUAUCUCUAAUAAAUGGUGGAUAAACCAAAACAGUGAUGUGGAAUCCUGUGCCCACAGACUCCAGACAUUACAACAACGUAAUCAUUUGAAGUGGUUAUGGUGUCUACAGAGUUCCUUUAAGUAAUUUGUGUUCUGGAAUAAAUUUGAAUGAUUUGAUGGUUUUAAGUGAACUGGAAUAGUGUAAAAUUGAUACAAAUUAUUUGAUUUGUAUUGAAUAGAUUAGGAUGUUUUUAGCAUUUACUUGGGAUUGUUUGGAAUUGCAUAGUUACACAGCUGAAAAGAGUAUUGUGUCUUUCAAGUUAAGCCUUUCUCACAUUUGUUUUUGCUGUUGAUUGAAAAGAAGGCAAAAAUCCUUGUGUAAACCCGCCUUUUGAAAAGACUAGAUCAGGGUAGACAACCUUCAGCACUCCAGAUGAUUUGGGCUACAUUAUUAUUUUUAUUUUUGACACUUAUAUAGUGCCAGCUUAUUCACAGCACUUUAUAAUAUUAAAAAAGGGGGACAUUUCACAAUAAACGAGAUGAUUAAAAUAUUUUACAGGAACAAUAGGUUGAUGAGGACCCUGCUCAAAUGAGCUUACAUUAUGAGAUGAUAAAGCAUCAAAUGUAGUCCAAACAUCUGGAGUGCCGAAGGUUGCCUACCCCUAGGCUAAAUCUACCCACCUGUGUCUGCCAGUGGCAAUGCAACAGCUGUGAAGAAAAGUAGUACAGCCCCAAACCCCUCAUCGAUUCCUUGAUCAAUACCAGGUCCUUUACAUCCUCUUCCUAUAAUUAUGCCGGGUAAUGCCUAAAGUACGUAUUUCACUUAAAUUGUUUAUUUUAACUUCACAAUUUGACAUUAUGUAUUAUAUUAUACAUAUUACAAGCAAAUGUCUUAAUUUCUUCCCAUUUAGCAAUACAAUCCCAAUUCCAAAGCAACUGUCCUCUAUUAAAGGUAAGGCCAAAAAACUAUUAGGAAUGAAUUAGGUGAAUUAUAAUAUAUGACAAAUGGUAGUGGGAUAUUUGAAAAGAAAAGGGUAGAUUCAGUAGGAGUGUGUGUGGUGGGGGGGGGGGGGCUUAAAGGUGAAAGACACACCUAGAUUGCAAUAUUAUUCUUAGCAAAUUAUACAGUGGUGCGCUAUAUCAUUUUGAAAACACAAAUAAUGUAAAAGGUCAUCUCUUUGAUAUUGAGACUGAUAUGACACAGCAGUACCGCAGGCCGGCGGAUCACCAGUAGCAGCACCCCUCCUACUCCCCCUCCCCCAAAAAACCAUAUAAAAAUUUUUUAAAGGGUUCUCUUUUCUUACAGUGUAAAGACUCCUGUCCCAAUACAAAACCGCCCCUUCACAAAAUCCUGCACAUUACACACACAUUUUACAGGCAGACAGUCACACACUCCAGUUACGGGCAGACGGUCGCAUACAGUCACCAGGCGAACAGUCACACAUACACACAUUUCUCCGUCGCGACCCGUUUAUCAGCUGUUUGCUUUGUGUGAGCUGUACUGGCCGCCUGACACCCCUAACUACCAUGGGACGCAAUGGAAGCCCACGGUCGCACAGCCCCCACCAACCGGGGCGAUUGCAAGGAUUUUACUUGCGCCCUAGGCAAAGUAAAAGUUGCGCCCCAUGUGACAUCACAAUGCCCCACCCAUAUGAUUUUCCAUGUUAACUAACGCCAGUGCUGCAGUGCCGCCGUGUUUACAUUAAAAGGCCUGCAAGGACAGGCUAUAGACACCAGAACCACUACAUUAAGCUGAAGUGGUUCUGGGGACUAUAGUAUUUCUUUAAUGUGAGGUAAAUUAGAGCUUAGUGCCACGAAUAAUAUACUAGAUUGCCUACUUACAACCAGAUGGGGAUGAUGAUGAGCUCUAGCUGCAGUCUGGCUCCACUGGUCUGGUGCAGAACAGGCUCUCUGGAGGCGGUUUGUAACUGUGGUCACAAAAAUCAAUGUUCUGGGAGAACGGGAAGCAGCUCCAUUUUUUGGGGGUCCUUUACACAGCUCAAGGUCUGGGUCCAAGGGUCCACCUUCAUGUUCCACCAAUGAGUUUGUUCACAGGGGGUGGAGUGUGUAAGGGAUGUCCUGAUAUGUGUGUAAGGAAUGCAUUGUGUGAAAUUGUGUUUGGCAAUGUGUGGGGAGGGCUGCAGGUGUUUUCUGUAACCCAUGUAUGGGAUAGGUAGUGUGUGUAGGGGGUGCGUGAGGUGUGUGUAAUGAAUGCAUUGUGUGUUUCUGUGUGUGUAAGGGUGCAUUGUGUGUGGCUGGUUGCAUUGCUUGUGUAUGUAUGCAUACUGUGUGUGUAAUGCAUUGUGUGUUUUUCUGUGUGCAAGGGGUGCAUUGUGUGUAUGUGAUGAAUGUCAAUCUCUCCUCCCGCUCCAAUUUCCUUCUCCUCCUCCCAAUUUCUCUUUCCCCCCUCCUAAUAUCUCUUCCCCCCUCCUAAUUUCAAUUUCUCUCCCCCCUCCUAAUUUCAAUUUCUCUCCCCCCCCUCCUAAUAUCUCUCCCUCCUCCUAAUAUCUCUCCCUCCCUCCUAAUUUCUCUUCCCCCCUCCUAAUUUCUCUCUCGCCCCCCCUCUCCUUUCUCACCCCCCCUCUCCUUUCUCACCCCCCCUCUCCUUUCUCUUCCCCCUCCUUUCUCUUUCUGACCUCCUUUCUCUUUCACACCUCCUUUCUCUUUCACACCUCCUUUCUCUUUCACACCUCCUUUCUCACCCCCCCCUUUCUCCUCUUUCUCACCCUCCCUCCUUUCUCACCCCCCCUUUCUCCUCUCUCACCCCCUCUCUCACCCCCCCUUCUCCUUUUUCACCCUCUCCUCCCCCCUCUCUCCUCUUUUUUCACCCCCUCCUUUUUCAUCCCCCUUUCUCCUCUUUCCACCCCUCCUCUGCUUUUACCACCCCCCUCUCACUUACCCCCCCACUUCCUCCUCUGUCACCUCCCUCUCCUCCUUUUUUCACCCCGCUCCUCUUUUCACCCCUCCUUUUCACCCCUUUCUCCUCUCUACUUACCUUCUCCUUUUUCACCCCUCUCUCCUCUUUUCACCCCCUCCUUUUCCAUCCCCUCUCCUCUUUCCACCCCCCCUCCUCUUUUCACCCCCCCUCUCUCCUUUUUCACCCCCACUUUUCUCUCUGUCACCCCCUCUCACCUCCUUUUUCACCCCCCUCUCCUCUUUCACCCCUUUCUCCUCUUUCUUUUUUGCCUCGCUCCCUUGCCUUUUCCUCUUUUCUUUACCCUCUCUCACCCCCUUUCUCUCCUUUUUCACCCCUCUCUCUCCUCACUAACACCCCCCCCUCCUUUUCCUCACCCCCUCCUUUCUCCCCUGCAGCACGGCGUGAGGCCAGUAUGGUCGGCGGUGCCGGUGACAUCUGCCUGUGGGCGGGACUGUGGCUGGAGAAGAUACACGCACAGGUGUGCACUUCCGCAUAUUGGUGCGGCCGGAGCCCUGGAAGACAACUGCACUCACCGUCGGACUAUCAUGCUGCGGGAAGCAAGGCAAAACACAGCAAAAGUAAGGAGGAGCGGCAGGCGCUUCCCUCCUGUCAGCCUCUCAGCAGGCUGCGCCCGGGCGGUGCGGUCCGCCCUCAUGGACGCACCGCCGGGCAAAACUGCAGCCGCCGGGGCCUCUUUACAGAGCGCUCGGGCGGCUGCAGCAUGGGGGGGGGUUGGCGGAGCUGGUCUGGCACCCCCCACCCGGCUGGCACCCGGGGCGGACCGCCCCCCCCGCCCCCCCCUUAGUACGCCACUGUGACACAGUAUCCCAAAUGAGAAUCGAAUGUAGCUGUGUGCAUACAGAACAUACAAAAUGUAUAGAUCAGUGGUAGCCAAAUUAUAGACUCUCAUUUUUUUGUAAAACUACAACUCCCAUAGUCAUAACAAGUAGUUCAUUUUUGGAACCAUGCAAAUAAGCAUUUUGAUACAUUUAAUUUAAUAAUACAUUUUAAGCAUUAGGUGGAGAAUUACUUCAUACUGGAGACAGAGAGAUUUUUGAACAAUGUACUUGACAUCCCUGACUAAACUAGGAGAUUGUUCAUUGAACUGCAAAUUUUACAAAGCUAACCGUAUCUGCUGUCUCAUAUCCAGCUCUUGGAAAAGGCACUGAUCUUGAGAAAGCCAUAGCUACCACAAUCCUUGUUUACUAUUUGUAUGCAGACAGUGAUGGAAGAAUCACCAAAGCUGAUGCUAUAGAUAUGCUGCAAACUCAGUUUCACAACUUUACACAGGUAAUACAAUUGAGGCUUCCAUUUUAUCGCAUGAUAUAUUGGGCUAGUGGUAGAGAAAGUGUAUAGGUAUGUUAUUAUUAAUAUUGUCUUAUACAUCAGAGUAAUUUUAAUGAGGAGGUUAGAGUAAAAAUGUCCAACUAGGUUUACAUAAUAAAAUAUAGUCCUGUUAAAGGGACACUAUAGUCACUAGGACCACUACAGAUUAAUGGCUUAAUGUUGUAGUUAUGGUGUAACUACUGUAAAACUUUUAAUGCAAACACUGCCUUUUCAGAAAAAAAAGGUAUUGUUUACAUUGCUGGCUAGUAAGUUCACACUCUGCAUGGAAACACUGAAUGCUCUCCAUAGAGAUGCAUUGAUUCAAUACAGCUCUAUGAAAAGAUGCUAAUUGGUGCAGGACAGUAUUUCUCUUCACAUGCGCAAUACCCUUCUAAUAUUUUCUUAUGGAAAGAAUGAUGAUCUCAGACAUGGUGGCAAGGCCAGCUGCAGCAAAACUGACGUGGCAAUGAAUAAAACGGAAGUACAGCUACCUUUUCACUGCAGUGUUAUGAAUACGUUUGUAAUUUUUUUUUUUUUUUGGUAUGUUGAGCGACUCAUAUAAUUGAUUAAAUUAAAUCUAGUAUAAUUAGUAAAGGUGUGUAGAGUGCAUGUUUACAUUAAUAUGUUCUCUGUUAUUCUCAAAACAGGGGCAAGAAACCAAACCAAAAUACAAAGAGUUAAUGACGGACCUGGAACAAGACAAAGAUAGAAGAAUAGACUUUGAAGAUGUUAUGGUCCUUCUGCUUAGUGUCUCUCUAAUGUCCGACCUUUUCCAGGAAAUUCGACAUGUGAAGAACACAAAAUAGAAAUAGUACACCAUAACAAUGUUGUAUUGUUCCACUAAGAUUUAAAGGGGAAUUUUUACUUCUCUGUGCUAACUUUAUUAUGUGAUACUACAUUUUAUUUGAAAUGCAUAAUAAAUAUUUUGAAAUUGCCAUAAUAUCCCCAUUUAAUCCUUGCACAGCCAUUGCACACAUUGUUUCUAUUUUUCUUCCUUUCUCUAUGCUCUCUCUGUGCUGAGGUUUGCUUAUUGACAAGGAGCCAAGAUGGAGGCAAUCAUGCUCAGGAUAGGGCGAAAUACAG